UGUUUAUCAAAUUAACACGAUCUCCACAUCUUCGAUGAAACAUUUCGGCCAUUUGUGUAUACGCAACCCCACUCCCGCCAAAGUCUCUUCAUUGAACACAAGGAAGGAGAUUACAAAGGUUUUACUAAAUGCUAGGGUGAAAGUUAUUGUCGAGAUAAAUAACAGAUAUAAAUAAUUAUUGAAAUAUAAUAACUUUACCGAUUGAUAGCGCUUUAUCAAACAAAAAUGGCGUUUGUUGGGAACUCCAAGAAGUCAAAAGUACAUUUUGUAGUUUGAGAACAACGUAAUGCAAAAGAUUUGACAAUGAGUCGCGGAAAACAUAAGAUAUGCAUGGUCUCAGAUUUCUUUUAUCCUAAUAUGGGUGGAGUGGAAGAACAUAUUUUCAAUUUAUCACAAUGUUUAUUGGGACGAGGUCAUAAAGUUGUUGUUCUAACACAUUCCUAUGAUGAUAGAGUGGGUGUUCGUUACAUGACAAAUGGCCUUAAAGUAUAUUAUUUACCCAUAAAGGUAUUUUACAAUCAAUGUAUACUUCCAACAAUGGUUUGUUCCAUUCCAUUAAUUAGAUACAUUUUUAUAAGAGAAGAAAUACAAAUAAUACAUGGGCAUUCAGCAUUCUCUGCUCUUGCGCAUGAAGGAAUGCUGAUUGGUAGGCUAAUGGGAUUAAAGAGUGUCUUCACAGACCAUUCUUUAUUUGGUUUUGCUGAUGCUUCUGCUGUCUUGACAAAUAAAUGUUUAGAAAUAUCUCUUGCUGAUUGCAAUCAUUGCAUUUGUGUAUCUCACACUGGUAAGGAAAAUACUGUAUUAAGGGCCAAAGUUCAUAAAGAACGAGUAUCCGUUAUUCCAAAUGCAGUAGAUACUGCUUUAUUUACACCAGACAUUAGUAAAAGAAGUAACGAUUUCAUCACUAUAGUUAUAGUCUCUCGAUUAGUGUACCGCAAAGGUGUGGAUCUUUUAGCACAUAUUAUACCCAUAUUAUGUGCACGUCAUGAAAACGUGCAAUUUCUUAUUGGCGGUGAUGGACCAAAAAGAUGGCUAAUAGAAGAAAUACGUGAAAGAAACUUAUUGCAACACAGAGUUACAUUAUUAGGGAGUUUGGAACAUUCCCAAGUAAAACAUGUUUUAAAUAAGGGUCACAUAUUUCUGAAUACUAGUUUGACUGAAGCAUAUUGUAUGGCAAUCGUUGAGGCUGCUUCUUGCGGUUUACAAAUUGUAUCCACGAAAGUCGGUGGAAUUCCUGAAGUGUUACCAUCAGAUUUAAUAUAUUUAGUAGAACCAACUGUGCCAGCAUUGCUCCAAGGAUUGGAACGUGCAAUAGCUGAUUAUAAAGCAGGCAACACUAGUCCUCCUUUGGAAGUACAUACGAGGAUUGGUAACUUUUAUAAUUGGUUUGAUGUAUCAAAAAGAACAGAAAUCGUUUAUAACUUAGUUGAAAAAGAGGAUAGAAAAAAUCUAGGUCAGCAACUAGCGAGCUAUAUACAAAGUGGAGUAUUACCAUAUCUGCUAGUCGUAUCCUUAUGCUACAUCAUUCUUCAAAUUCUUGAAUUCUUUGUUCCUAGCAAGUAUAUUGACAUCGCGAAAAAUUAUAAACAAUUACAUGCACAGUCUUGUGAAGAAAAAGAAGAAGAUAAAGACUAAGCAUGUACUACGACACAUCUUUCGUGUUAGUACUGUUGUAAAUUAAUUUUUAUACUGUUUAUGAUUAUUUGAAAGUCACAAACGUAUGUGUUCUCCCAUUGGGGAUCUCAUGCUUGAUACAUGAACGAUGCUUCUAAUCUUUGCCAAAAAGUAAUAUUUAAUGUACUAAUUCCAAAUGAAAUAAUUUUUUAGAAAAUAUAUCAACGAUACUUUGUCUGACGGACUCAUUUUUAUAGUGACUUGGUUACAAAGUUUUCUACAUCCCUUUUAUGAUAUAUCAGUUUCAUUUCUCAUUAACUAUUAAUUCUUCGUAAGAAUCUUACUCAGAAGGGUCCUGCAUGAAGUAUUUGUUUUAAUUGCUGUUGCAGAACUAAGAGGGACAUCUAUUAUUAUAUUCAGUGAUAGAACUAAACAGUACAAGCUAGACUAAUAAUAUAUUUGUAAUUGAUUUACGAAUAAAAUGUCUUCCUACAUUUUCAAUAUAAAAGAGUCAACAAGAUCUGACAUUUUACUCGUGAAUCUUAUAUUAUAGAAUUACUUAUUAAAUGAGUCUUCAGCAAAGUUAUUAACUAACAUGCACACUAUUCUGAUGAAUGUCCAAUAAUUUAGAAAGUGAAAUAAUAUGUUGUGUGAACUAAAUUAUAGUCAUUAGUAAUUUUUAUACAAGAUAUAAAAUAAUCAUACCCAAGAAAGUUUGCAUUUGCAGUGAUUAGGUCAUAAAGUCACAAUAUAUUUUUUAUGGUUACUUUCAAAUGGAUUUAUCUUUCCUAGAAUGUUAUUAAUACGCAUAACUAUAUGAGUCAUACAAACUUAAGAUAGCAUGAACUGUCUACCAAAAAGUGAUAUACUUUGUACAAUUAGUAUUCAAACUACGUACUUAACUGCAUAAGUUAUUAUUUACCAGAGUCAAUAAUUUUGCUGCACAGUUUACAUUUCGCAAGUAAUUUUUUAAUCUUAAUACGUCUUGUCAGUAUUAUGAGUUCCAAUAUGUCUGCCCUAAUAUAAGCAAACUUCUAACUUUUGCGUAUAAUGAAUCGUAAGACACAGCAUUUUUAAAACAUCUUGCCUUCAUUCAUAAAGCAUUUAAGAUUUAUAUUUCACAAGGUUGUAUUAUUUUAUUAACAUUUUUAAAAAAUACCGUUUUUCUACGAAACGAUAUUAAAACAAAUGUUUAUAUCUUGUUACAUACAGUUGCUAUGAAUAAUCCACUGUUAAACAUUGUUACUCCAAAAGGGAAAAGAAUUUUAUCGUAAAUUACAGUAUAUCGAAAAAUAAUAUGUGGGUAUAUCAUAAUCUCAUUUUUUACAGUACAAAAUACAAUUGUUCUUCAGUAUAAAUAUAGUUCACGUAAUUCUUCGCUUGGUUACGUCCAUAAAUAUUGUAUAACUUUUAUAAAAUAAAAACGGGAUUCCGAUCAAUAAAAGACAACUACACUUUCA